CCUUCGAACACACAACUCAAUCCUUUAGCAAAAAAAAAAAACACACAACUCAAUCCUCAUUGGCUCUCCUUUGACAGCCAUGGCUUGCACUAAGCUUGUCGCUCUUGCCUUCGUAGUUAUGUUAAGCAUUGCUCUCUCUGAGGCAGCUCGGGGCGGGGGCGGGGGCGGGGGCCGUGGCGGCGGUGGAGGUGGCGGUUCUGGGAAUGGCUCCGGGUCCGGCUAUGGUUCCGGAUCUGGUUAUGGUGAAGGAGGUGGAUCGGGGGCCAGUGGCGGAGGAUACGGAAGAGGCGGGGGUGGUGGUGGUGGCGGCGGCUCCGGCGGUGGGAAUGGACGCGGGAGUGGGUCAGGAUAUGGGUCCGGCGGGGGGGCUGGAUACGGUGAGGGAGGCGGUGCUCAUGGAGGAGGGUAUGGAAGGGGUGGCGGAGGCGGCGGCGGUGGAGGUCGUGGUUCUGGCUCUGGGUCGGGCUACGGUUCAGGCUACGGAUCCGGGUAUGGGAGUGGUGGGGGGCACGGUCACCCUUGAAUCAUAGAGCAACAACAGCUGCAUGAAGCCCUACGUGUUCUUUCUGCUUCUCCUCUUCGUGUGUCUUUGUAAUUUUCUUUUAAUAAUAUAAGCGUGUGUUAGAGUAGUUUGUAAUGACUAAAGGUUCGGGAACUAGUUUCCCGUUGUGAUAAAUAAACGAAGGGCUUCUGUUCCUAAAUAAAGUGGCGUUACUUUUACGGAAAUGAAAUUAUGGAUUUCCUUGACUACCA